UCUAAUGCUUGUUGCAUUCCGUUUUGCGGUUGGAAUUCGCGUUUUUCGCACAUAAAAAGCUGUUUUUUAAUGUACAAAUGUACAAAUGUGUAGAUAGUAUGUGAUAGUGCAGGAAAAUAAUAUAGGGGAGCAACAAUUUGAUCAGUACUUAGGCGUUUUGUCCAUUCCCCUUUUGUCAAAGUUAUCUGUUCGUGUGUGUGUUCGUUUCGCAUGUGUGUGUGGGAGUAGGUGUGUAGUGUGUAGGAGGAGAAGCACCUCCCCUUCCAAAAACAAAAACCAUUCGGAAAGUUACUACCUUUCGGUAUUCGGUAAUUAUAACGUUAUAACGGUUAAGGCAAGGGAAAUAAGUGGGAAUCAAGCGCUCUACCGGAUGGUGUAAAUUCGUAACCCCAGCCAGUAAAAAACGGAACCCUACAAAAAAUCAGCAGAGGUGACACCUCGAAAAGCGAUUCAACGGAACGGACGCUUCAGAGGGGAUAAUGUCAAAUCAGGCGCAGAUCGACUACGACCAGCAGUUCCAGGAUGACCUGGCCAAAGCCACCGCCCUGAGUCUGGAGCAGCAGGCCCUCGACGAUUACCGGCGAAACAAGAAGUACGGAUCCGGCCCUGGCUACCCGCAAAGCUCCUUCCUUUCUGGUCGGGAUUAUCAGACGGCGCAGCGAAGUCAGAUCCUUAAUCAGGCUCGUCGCCACUCGGAGGUCCAUCAGGUGGCGGCCAGUCCUGGAAAUGUGGAACGAUCGCGCACGCCGCCUGCUCAGGGUUCGGAUAACGACCUGAUCUGCUUCGCAAGUCCCACCAGCAAGCAGCCGGAGAGUAGCAGUCCCUUUGGCAAACUCAUCGAAGAUCUGCAGCGAAUGCAGCCAACCAAUCCGCAGUCUGCUAUGGUGCCCAUGGGAUCAGUAGCGGCGGCAUCGGUGCCGACUCAUUACGGCUAUCCUCCACAACAGCAACAUCCGGCUCCGGUUCAACCCCCGCCAUAUGGAAUGGUUGCAGGAGGAGCAGGAGGUGCCUACGGUGACCUGCAGUUGGUGCCAUACCAACCAGCUGCUCAACAACAGAGACCUCUGAACAACGAGGAGCUACAGCGGCUGUAUAGCAUGCCAGCUCAAAUGGCCGUGGCUCCAGUGCCUCAACCAAACGCCUAUUUGUAUUAUCCGGGAGCAGUGGUAACGCCCUACACGGCACCCAUAGUCCCUGGGUCGGCUGCUUUUAUGCCGCCGCAGUAUCCAUCGCAGGGAUAUGGUUUUGGAGGUGCUUACACGCACAUGGAUUUGCGGCGUCCUCAGUCGCAACCGGCUGCUCCAGCACCGUCCACGAACCAUCAUAGCCAACCGUCCAAUCAUUCCGCUCCCUCCCCCGCGGAGGCAAAUGGAGCAGCCUUCCAGGCGCGACGUCAAGUGCCCUCGACUGGUAGCAUAAGCUCCAGUAGCCACACCGGAAACAAUGGUCAUCCACCUGGCCCACGCCGGGGAAACGAUUUGAUUGACCUGAACCACGAGGAUUACUCCCGUGUGAGUGUGCUGGAGGCUUUCGAUCCCCUGCUCAACGACAAUACCGGAAACGACAGCGCCUCCGACAGCACCUCCUACUAUGCGGAAUACGAUCCCUUUGACUUCCUGUACAGCGGCGACGGAGGCACCCAGUACUCAGAUCCCAUGUACGAGGCGGUCAACAGAUGGGACAAAUCUGCGGCGACCGUGAGUCCGAACGCUGGUUUUAUUGGUUGGCGUCAAGAUUUUUUGAACCAACCGUCAACAUCGUCAUCAACGUAUUAUGGAGAUGCGCCGCCGGAGGAGAGUAUAAAGGUGUCGGAGAAUGGCUCUGGGAGUAUAUCCCCGCCCCCACCGUUGCCGCCAAGAAAUCAGCAGCACUAUGAAUCAAAUCAGGCUCCUGUGCCUGCCUCGAAGCCUUAUCAGUCUUCUCUACUGACGGACAGCUAUACCUCCAGCAUUCCGGCCAAUGUGGUGCUGGAUCGCCGGAAAACCUGUACACGUCUGUACGAACUAAUCAGCGACCAGCGCACAGAUGAUCCAGAACUACUGGAGUUCUACCAUAUGGUUAAGGAGCUCAGGUCGCGCUACCUGCACGACGAUACGCCGACGAAUGUGGGCCAUGUGGUGGCCGCCGAGUUCAAUUACCACUACUUGAUGAACACCAGCAUCAAGGUGAUCGUGCACCCGGCUCUCAACACCCUCCAGUCGCACGUUCUGGCCGCCUCCAUGGCUAAGGAGCAGGUGAAGGGGUAUGGAAUGCCAGUAACGUUCACCUGUGACAUUGACUCUGUCGUGGCACAGGUGGUGGCACAGGCAUUGGCGUCAUUGGAGGGACAGGUCAAGGGCACCGUCACAGACUACGUGGUCAAGCCAAUUGGUCUCCUGGAGUGGCUGGCGCCCACCUCAAAACUCAGUCAGCUUGAGUGCGUGCACAAUAGCUUCCAGUUGGAGAAGGAUGUGCACCUGGGUCUCUGUCUGAGUACGGCGGCCAACAUGCAGGCGAUCGCACGAACAGAGCGGGAUGAUGAGCACGAUGCGGAUCUGCUGCCAGAGCAGCUGCUGCCCAACGAGGUGGUACCGAUUGUGACCUACGACAAUAUGAUGAUACUCAUAGAGACGCUCGAGAUGGAGAUCGACAAGCUGGAGUCGGCGGCAGACGGACUGCCCGGACGGAGUGUGGUGAGCUGCUCCGGGGUGGUGCAGGCAGUGAAGGCCAUUUGUGCCUUGCUCGGUUCCAUCGAUACAAUGGAAAUAGCACGAUGCGUCGCCGAUCUGAAGCGAAUUUGCGAGGUGGAGCAGAAGAAGUACUCGGCUGGGGCCAGCAAUCCGGAGAUUGUGAGUGACUAUGGUGAUUACGCUCAAGUUGUCCUACGCCCUCGCUCGAUGCUGGAGCAGAUUAAGGUCAAGUGCAAUGAGCUGCGAGAUGCCGUGCAGGAACUGGUGGAGCUGUAUGCAAAUGUAUUCCGCGUGGCGUUCUCCGUGAAGACACCCGAUUACUCUACAACUCCAAUACCAAUCUCCUGCGUGUCCAAACCAAUUGUCGUCUGCAUCAACUGCCUCCACAGGCCACCGCCGAAUUGGAAGUUUGACGAUUACUCUCUGUGCGUGCAAAUCGUUUAUGGAACUCGACUGCUGUCCAAGCCAAAUGUAUUAACCUGCUCCAACGACACGAGUGGAGGCCUGUUCCCGCGACUUAACUUUAGCGCCUGGCUGACUUUCGAUCAGCAUCCCAUUUGCACCCUGCCCCGGGAGGCCCGGAUCACUUUUGUCUUAUACGGAAAACAGGCGGCCAGCGAAGGCGAACUCAAUACGGAGCAGAAUGGAGAGAGGCGUCAAGUAACCACUGAGUUGGGUUGGUGUUCCAUUCAACUGUUCGACUUUAAGCGAGUGAUGAUCUGCGGUCCCUACUUACUUUCCUUGUGGCCACCAACCACGGAUAAGAUGUUGGGACCAGCACCUGCGCGAGGCUGUCAUCCGCAUCCUGACUUCUGCCCUGUUCUAAGCAUUGAGGUCCCUCCUUAUGGAGGUCGCAUUGAGUUUCCCGAGCACCAGGAAGUGCCAAAACCUGCACCACACUAUGACUUUGCCUCGCUGGAUGCCAAUCUGCAAGAAGAGCUGCUAGACACCGCUGAGCUGGGCUACACAGGAGCCACAGAGCGACGUGAGGUGUUUUGGGAGAAACGACUUUAUCUGCAGAACUAUCCCAAUGCACUGCCCAAAGUUCUACAUGCCGCCCACAGCUGGGAUUAUGCCAAUCUGAUCGAUUUGCAUGCACUGCUCCACUCCUGGGCGCCGCUUUCGCCUUUGCAAUCUCUGGAGCUACUGUUGCCUCGCUACCCGGACGCCAAGGUUCGCGAGAAGGCAGUCGAGUGGAUCUCCAAGAUGCCCAAUGACCAGCUCGUGGACUUUUUGCCCCAAUUAGUGCAAAGUUUAAAACAUGACACCUAUGAGGGCUCGUCAAUGGCUCGAUUCCUGCUAGCCAAGUGUCUGGAAUCGCCGCGCUUUGCUCACCACAUGUACUGGCUCCUGGUGCACAGUCUGCCGGAUGAUCCUCACAACUCCAUCGGGGCCGCCAUGGUGGACCAGGAGUACGACGAGUCGCAGGUUACCCAGGCGCGCUACUAUCGCCGCAACAAGAUGAUGCUGCGAGCCCUAAUGGCCAUCUGCGGCGAAAAGAUGCUGCAGCGGUUCAUGUACCAGCAUCGAAUGUGUCAGAAACUAACUACUAUAGCAGAAUCUGUCAAAGAGGCUAAGGAGUCGAUGCGCCAAAAGAGUUUGGCAGCUGGCAUGGAUGAGGUCCAUCAGGAUUUGCUUGAGAAACCCACGUGCCUGCCAUUGGGACCUGAACUGGAAGUUACUGGAGUGAGUGUGCGCAAUUGUAGCUACUUCAACUCCAACACGCUGCCGUUGAAGAUCAACUUCGUGGGACCCGAUGCAGAGUCAUUGCCAGCUAUAUUUAAGUGCGGAGAUGACUUGCAGCAGGAUCAGUUGACCAUACAGCUGAUUCGGAUUAUGAACAAAAUGUGGUUGGCGGAACGCUUGGACCUGAAAAUGGUCACCUUCAACUGUGUGCCAACGGGCUACAAGAGCGGAAUGAUUGAGCUGGUCAACGAGGCGGAAACGUUGCGGAAAAUCCAAGUAGAGUGCGGACUGACGGGGUCCUUCAAGGAUCGCCCGAUCGCGGAGUGGCUGGGCAAGCAAAAUCCCAGUCCUCUGGAGUACCAGAGUGCAGUGCGAAAUUUUACGCUCUCCUGUGCCGGAUAUAGUGUUGCCACCUAUGUGCUGGGCAUCUGUGAUCGGCACAAUGACAACAUCAUGUUGAAGACUUCGGGUCACUUGUUUCACAUUGACUUUGGCAAGUUCCUUGGCGAUGCCCAGAUGUUUGGAAACUUCAAGAGAGAUCGCACACCAUUUGUCCUAACUUCUGACAUGGCCUAUGUCAUAAAUGGCGGAGACAAGCCCUCCACUGACUUCCAUUAUUUCGUGGACCUGUGUUGUCGGGCCUUCAACAUUGUGCGGAAAAAUGCGGAUCUGCUCCUGCACACUUUGGCCCACAUGGCCACCGCUGGCAUGCCGGGAGUUAACUCAAACGCUGUGCAAUAUGUGCGACGUGCCCUGCUGCCAUCCCAAUCGAAUCCCGAGGCGGCUGCCACCUUUGCCAAGAUGAUUCAGUCCUCGCUGAAAAGCUGGUUCACCCAGUUUAACUUCUUCCUGCACAAUCUGGCUCAGAUGCGAUUCACCCCUGACGAGGGAACCGGGGAGCUGCUCUCCUUCGUGCCAAGAAAAUAUACGAUGCAGCAGGAUGGACGAUUGAAAAUUGUCAAGGUGGUCUGCUUCCAAAAGCACUACAGCAUGGAAAAGUUCUAUAUGUACAUUCUGGAAGUGACGCGACAUGGACAGCCCGAUCCGACGCAUUUGUUCCGCUCAUAUCGCGAGUUCACCGAGUUCCAUCAGAAGUUAUGCAUGCACUUCCCUCUGGUUAAAUUGCACAGUCUUCCGGCUGGCGUGCAUGUUGGGCGUUCCAAUAUCAAAUCUGUGGCAGAAAAACGACUACCUCUUAUACAGCGAUUUUUGAAAUCUCUGUUCGAUGCGUCCGAGGAAAUAGCGCAUUCCGAGCUCGUGUACACAUUCUUCCAUCCGCUGCUGCGCGAUCAGCAGGAGGCCAAACUAGGGAUGCCGAAGAUAAAGGAGGUGAAGAGACAACCGUCGAGGGAUAAUCCCAACGAGAUUGGCCAAAUUCGACUUUCGCUGCAAUAUCAACGCGGCGUACUUACUGUGAUGAUACACCACGCCAAAGGGCUGCCCAUGUUACAGGGCGGUCAGGAGCCCAACACCUAUGUGAAGUGCUACCUAAAACCGGAUCCCAAAAAGGAGACCAAACGCAAGACCAAAGUGGUGCGCAAGACCUGUGUUCCCAGUUUCAUGGAAACGUUGGAGUACCGAAUGCCCCUGAAUAUUAUUCAAGAACGCCUGCUGCAGGUAACCGUCUGGUCACACGACACGCUGCAAGAAAACGAGCUGUUGGGGGGCUUCGAAUUGGAUCUAUCGAAGCUCGACCUGCGCCAGGAGCUCUGCGACUGGCAUCGCCUUGGUUCCGUGCAAAGGAACUGACCAGAACUGAGAGUCGAGCUCUGAACCACUAGGGACACCCUGCCUACCGACAAUCUGGCUUAGGAUUAUGCAAUACUAAUAUAUGUUUGUGCCUGUCUUCUCUUGAUCGCAAUAAUACUUACUUACUCGAAGUGAUUGUACAUUCCAUAUACAAAUAUUAUCUUUCGAUUUGUGCCUCAGAUGUAAAUAUUUUAUACCGAAUACACUAAACAUUCUUUGGACAUUUAAAUGUAAUUAUAACUCUAAAGUUAAA